UCCUCACAUACCAGACGAAGGGGCGGAAACGGGCACAUUGCACUGUAGUCGGGCUAGCGGUUUUCUGUAUUUGGACAACAAGAAAAAACAUUUAUCACUGUGAAUUAGUGAGGCAGAGGCUGUUGUUUCAUUUCGACCCGGGUGGAACUUUAAAAAAAAAAAAAAAAAAAAUUAUAAUAAAUUGUAAAUCACCGGAACCUGCUGGUCCCCAGGUCUACCUGAUGAGUAUGAGCCUGACUACAGAACCCCCUAACGAUGGUCCCACUGUUACAGAAGCGGAGAGCAAAAUGACUUCACCUGAGAAGAAAGAGAAGAAGCCAGAUGACGUGCCGGAGGAAGAGGAGGAGGAGGAGGAAUACGUGGUGGAAAAGGUCCUGAAUCGGCGGGUGGUCAAAGGGAGAGUAGAGUAUCUUCUCAAGUGGAAAGGCUUCUCUGAGGAAGAUAACACGUGGGAGCCAGAAGACAACCUGGACUGUCCGGAUUUGAUUGCGGAGUUUCUGCAGUCCCAGAAAUCAGCACACGAUGGAAAGAGGAAGGCGGCCGGAGAGGCAGAAGGAGAUGAAAGUAAAACGAAGAAGAAAAAAGACGAUACAGAGAAGCUAAGGGGCUUUGCUCGGGGGCUGGAUCCAGAAAGGAUUAUUGGUGCCACUGACUCCACAGGAGAACUCAUGUUCCUCAUGAAAUGGAAAAACUCUGACGAGGCCGACUUGGUGCCCGCGAAGGAGGCCAACGUGAAGUGUCCGCAGGUGGUCAUCUCUUUCUACGAGGAGAGACUUACUUGGCACUCAUAUCCCACCGAAGACGAAAAAAAAGACGAGAAAAACUAACACAGGGCGAAGGGGCGUGGGGGAACAGAAAGAAACUGUAGUUUUGAACUUCAUUGUACUUUCAACAAGGGAUUUGGAGGUGUGGGGUGGGGUGGGGGGGGCGCGGGAAGGGGGGCAGAGACAAGCAAGACGCCAUUGAACUUACUCGUCUUUUGGUGUAGUAUCACUCAUUUGAUUCUACUUUUAUCUGGAUAUAAUGUAACUGUAUAUAUGCUUCAGGUUUGCUUGACAAAAAAAAAACCCCAGCUGAAUCCAACAGAAAUGUACAACGCAGUGUUAAGUUUCAGUAUCGACUCCAGUUCGGCUACUUCAGCAUCAUUUCCACAUAACAUUUGGUCCAGUGCUCGGUCAUCUUGCUAUGACAUCGUAUUAGUGAGGUGAUGUUUUUAUUUUUAUUAGUGUGACUUAUUUUUAUUUUCUUUUACUUUUUUUUAAAAACUUGAUUCAUUGGUGCUUUUCAGAGCAAAACUGUGUUCAUCUUAGCUGUUUCCUUAGGACUUGAUUGGUGUAUGGUUAUGAACUCUUUUCAGUGAUUCAUUUGGUCAUUGGUAAUCUUUGUAGUGUUUUUCAUUAACAUGUCUUGCUUGUCGGUUUUGGAGAAUAAACCACUUUUUGUUA